AUGGCUCUGGGCGGGCCGGGCCGGCCGCUGCGGGCCCUGCUCCGCGCCUCCCUCGUGCCCAGGGUCCUGGUUCAGCGCGCAGAGUCGGGCCCGGCUCCGAGGCGAGCGCUCCGGCGCCUCGCGGUGGAGGGCAACAUCGCUGUGGGGAAGUCGACCUUUGUGAAGUUACUUGUGAAAACCUUCCCGGAGUGGCACAUAGCUGCAGAGCCUAUAACAACAUGGCAAAACAUCCAGGCUGUUGGCACACCAACAGCCGGCCCUCCCCAGAGCGUGGGGAAUCUGCUGGAGAUGAUGUACCAGCAGCCCUCGCGGUGGUCCUACACCUUCCAGAUGUGCUCCUUCCUGAGUCGGCUGAAAGCCCAGCUGGCCCCCUCCCCGGAGCGGCUCCUGCAGGCCCGGCAGCCCAUGCAAGUGUUCGAGCGUUCCGUGUACAGUGACAGGUACAUCUUUGCCAAGAACCUCUUUGAAAAUCGCUUCCUGAACGACGUGGAGUGGGCCCUCUAUCAGAACUGGCAUUCCUUCCUUCUCCAGGAGUUUACCAGCCACACGAUCUUAGACGGCUUCAUCUACCUUCAGGCUUCUCCGCAGAUAUGUCUGAAGAGACUACACCAAAGGGCCAGGGCGGAAGAGAAGGGCCUCGAGCUGGGCUAUCUGGAACAGCUCCAUGCCCAGCAUGAAGACUGGCUUAUCCAUAAAGUGACCCAGCUCCACUUUGAGCACCUGAAGAAGGCCCCAGUGCUGGUGCUGGACGUCAACGAGGAUUUCUCGGAGGUGGCGGCCAAGCAAGAGGAGCUCAUGAGAAAGGUGCGCAGCUUCAUGAAGGAUCUGGGAUGAAGCCACGGUUUUGCUAGCGGCUUUCCGUGGCUUGGAGAAUCGUGGAUCUCCGCCGCCCACGCCCCUUUCCCCCUAAGGCUUAGUCAGUUCUCCUGGGCCCACUCUUCACUGCCUCUCGGAGGCCCACUUUCCUCCUCGGUUCAAUGAGGGGUUUGGACUUGAGCGGCCUCUGAGGCCCUCCCAGCUCUGAGCUCUGAUCUGCCAUCUCAGGGGCCUUUUUCACACUUUCUUUCGUUCUAAAGUUUCGUUUAGUCUUUUCUUUAGUUUUCUACAAUUUCAUUUUAUUUUGAAGGCCAAAUUCCCUCCCUCUCUGCCCCCCCCACCCCACUGGUUUAGAAGGUUAGGAAAAUAAAAGCCAUUAUAAAGAGGUGCAGGCGGGCAAAACAAGGGCUGCCGUAUGCCCAAGCGAGCAGGAGAGGGCAAGAGAGAGAGGCAGAGACAGAGAACGUGCCUCCAUCUGCCCUCAUCUGCCCUCUUGCGUCCAUCAGGUCUCCAUGGAGGGCUAGAGAGUGUGUUUGGAAUCUCGGUUGGUCACGGUGUCGGGCAGAGUUGCUGAAGAGACUUUUCCGGGAAGGAAGGCCCGGCUUCCCAAAUCCUGUCAGCCUGAGAGCGUCGGAUGCUCGGAGAUCUGCAAAGUGCGUGUCCUGAAUAGAGCUCCAUCUGACUCUCUCAUGCAACGGCAGGGAAAAGCUGUAUUGAGAUGGUUUCUUUUCUUUUUUUUUUCAAACUUUUUAACCCUUACCUUCCGUCUUAGAAUCAGACCUGUGUUCCCCCCCCCCCCCCCCCCAGGGCUCCUGGGGAUGUGCUAGGGUUGGGAACCAGGCUGAAGGGAGCAGAACGGAGCCAAGUUCUAGAGCCAAGCUCUAGAGUCUGGGCAGGAACAGAAAAAAAUGAAGGGCUUUAGCAGGAAGUCACAAGGGAGGACUCAGGGCUUUGCCACUCCCUGUCCCUGCCCUGCCCCAGUCCUGAUGUAACUGCCCACCUCAGGAUCCAUCCUUCCUUUCCCCCUCCGUGCUGUGAUGGGUGGCUUUUUCAUGGCACCCAGACUUUUUUACACAUGAUACUCUCUAUCAUUAUAACACACUUUUACCUAUGCAAGAAUACAGACGAGCAGAUCUGUUAUCCUGCGAAUGCCAGGGGGUUUGCAAUAAAAAGAACUGAGACUCGUUUUCUUAAGGAAUCAAGGGCCAAAGAAGGCCUCCAGGGAUCCAGGUUCUACCCUUUAUAAUCUGAGUGCCCUCACCCAAUCCCUUCUCUAGCCUCGGUCUCCUUCUCUGUAAAAUAAGGGUAUUAGAACAGAUGACCACUGAUGGCCCUUUUGGUUCUAAAUUUGUGGCUGCUCUGUAUUUCAUUCUGAUUUUUGUUAUUCUGUAUUUUUAUAAGCACAAAUACAUCUUGUUUAAAUAACCAA